AUGAGCAAGUCACUUCGUAUUCUGGUUCCCGUCAAGCGGGUUAUUGACUAUGCUAUUAAACCCAGAAUCAACAAGGCUGGAACAGGAGUUGAGAAAACGGGUGUUAAGUUCAGUAUGAACCCGUUCGAUGACAUUGCCGUCGAAGAGGCAGUGCGCAUUAGAGAAAAGCACAAGAAGCUCGUGGAAAACAUCCACGCGGUUUCCAUUGGCCCUUUGAAGGCUCAAGACAUUCUGAGAACUGCAUUGGCCAAGGGUGCCGACACUUGUAGUCACGUCGACGUCAAAGAAGCCGAGCUAGAGCCUCUGGCAGUUGCAAAAAUCCUAAAAGAGAUGGUAGCAAAGCAGAAUGCGAACUUGGUCAUUCUAGGCAAGCAAAGUAUUGACGACGAUUGCAAUAACACAGGUCAGAUGUUGGCAGGACUACUGAACUGGCCACAGGCCACAUUCGCCGCCAAAGUUGAAAUAGACGAGGCUAAUAUGACCGCCAGAGUGACCCGUGAGAUUGACGGUGGUGAGGAGACCGUAAGUGCUCCACUGCCGCUAGUAGUCACCACUGACCUACGUCUAAACCAACCACGUUAUGCUACACUUCCUAACCUGAUGAAGGCCAAGAAGAAGCCUUUGGAAAAGCUAUCUCUAUCUGAUUUUAGCAAGGUGGACGCUGAGCCUAGACUCAAGGUCAUGAAGGUUGAAGAGCCUCCCACGCGUUCUGCGGGCAUCAAGGUCGGCUCGGUGGACGAACUGAUCGAAAAAUUGAAAGAAGUGAAGGCUAUCUAA